UGUCAAGCAUGUCCAAGUCGUCCCCUGUAUCAGAGAAAUCUACUUCUCUAUUAGCUCAAAUUAAGACUAAUUUAACAACUGCUUUUAAAGAUUUUGAUUUAAAAGAACUCAGCUCAUAUAAUACAGCGGAAUUAAUAGAACGUAUGUGGGCCUUAGGGCCACGUAAUUGUGGCACAAAUAUUUUACUUAAUUUAAGUGAUUAUGAGCAACCGAAUCUAUGGUACGCACUUAAUAGAACAGCAGAUGUUGACAGUAGUAGGAUUGGCAGGAACACUACUGAUGUCCGCUGUAAUUAUAAUAGUUCUUUUGUAAAUGGCUUUCAACUGACAUCUUCCGCUGGACCAUUGUGUGAAGAACCUAUGCAAGGCGUUUGCUUUGCGGUAUUGGAAUGGUCGGUGCAUGCAAGUGACGAUGAGUUAAAUACCAAAUCGUUUGGACCCUUUUCUGGACAAAUUUUAACAACGGCAAAGGAAGCCUGCAAACAAGCAUUUCAAAAUCAACCUCAACGUUUAGUCAGUCCGAUGUACAGUUGUAAUAUAGUAGUGGAUGCUGAAGUAUUGGGUGAGUAA